UGUGGCAACAAUGUAAUGUAAACUGCGUACGCAUCUAAAAAUAUAACCCUAGUUAUGGCAAAAAGUUCUAAUAUUAUUAUUAAUUAUUGUAAUUCGAAAUAAACGCUACAAUGAACGAUAAUAUAAUUUCCGAAUUGGAAAAAGCUGCCGAAAUAAUAAUGGCACCUCCAAAUGUUAUAUCCAAUGAACAAAGACGUUUAGCGGAAUCUAUUUUCCUGGACUUCAGGAAAAGCAAAUCACCCUAUGGACUGUGUAGAGAUAUUUUGGAAAAGUCUCAGAAUCCUUAUGUCUUAUUCGAGGCAGCUGAAGUACUAAAAGUGGCCAUUAUCAGAGAGUGGUCAUUUUUAUUUGAAAAUGAUAAGACUUCUCUCCGGCAGUACUUGUUUGAAUACAUUACCACCAGAAAUUUGCCCCCGUUUGUAAGAGACCGUCUUUUACAAGUUAUUGCUAUUAUGGUCAAAAGAGCGAGCAUUGAUGAUGGAGGACGAGAAAGAGCGAAUAUUUUAAAACAAGUCGAGAGUUUGAUUGUUAAUGCUGAGCCUGCUAAGAAAAUUCUGGGAUGUAACAUAAUAUCCAAUUUAAUGCAAGAAUACGCAUCGACAGUAAAAUCAACUGAUGUGGGCCUUACUUGGGAAGUCCACUUCAAAGCCAAGAAACAAUUUGAGGCAACAGACUUGAAGAGAAUUUUUCAAUUUUGUAUAUACCUUCUGUCAGAAGUUGUGAAGAACGAUCCACCAUAUUCUGACACUUUGUUGGAACUCUCCAGACAUUUGCUGAAGAUUACUGAAGGUGUUUUAACAUGGGCUUAUGUGUCAUCGAUUCUUCCCAAGAAAAUCGUCGGAAUAUAUGAGUCAAUCUAUGAAGCCUUAAAACUAAACGACUCAUGGUCCGAGAUUGUCCUUAAUCCUGAUUUUCUUCCGCUGAUGUUUCAAAUAUACUGGAAAGUGAGAGAUAUAGACCAACUGGCGCAUCAUUCCUUAAUUUGUCUGGUCCAGCUGGCGUCUCUUUCCGGAGGAAUUCUUCCCAAUGAUGAAAUUCGACUGAAGUAUCUGCAUUCUUAUUUGGUGUCAUUUUUUAAUCUCAUCUCAAAUGUUACCAUAAAAAAUAAGGAGGCACUGGGUUUGUCAAAUAUCGUCAAGAAGUUAAUUACGUUUUUCUUACCUUGCAUUUUUCAGUUACCAGAUGGAAUGAAGGAUACUUUAUUAGAUGAAUUUACAAGAAUUACUUGCCAUCUGUGCGACGGGGCCGUAAUGGAAGAAAUAGAAAACGAAGAAGACCGAUAUUUUACCGACGCAUUUGACAAUAUGUUAGAAGCUUGGACCGGCCUAAUACAAGACCUCUCACACUCACAUUACGACGACAAAUUUCAAGACUGCGCCAAACAAGUGUUUAAUAAAUACGUUCAGUGCCAUCUAGCGCCACCAGAUGGAUGUAGAAGAAGUAAUGUAGACGUAGACGAUGAUAACGAAGAUAACGACAGGGUUAGAUACAAGGAUCAGUUACAGGUUAUAGGAAUGUUUGGUAGAGUUGUGCCAGGCCAUUCAUUACAGCUUUUGUACAAAUUACUUGAAGACCGAAUAACGAAGUUUUCGUACCACAUUCUAUCGAUGCAAAAGGGUGCGAUGAAUUUGAAUCAACACGCAGGAUUAACCGAUCUAUUCGAAGAUAUUCACUGGGUAACUUUAAUUUCUGGCCAUGUUAUUUGUAUGGAUAGCGACGGAGAGACGCCUAUGAUUCCGUCAGCGAUUAUGAAAUAUUCAAUAGAUCAACAUAGAGGCCAACAGUCAACAUUACAGGCUUCUAUGGCCGCAAUAGAAGCUCUAGAGACAAAAUUUUCGCAGCCCGAAAACCUCGAACAAUGCGACCACGUUAUCCGAAUACUUUUCGACGUUAUGAAUCUAUGUGCCUUGGAAGAUUACGCGGCUUCAGCUAAAUUAAAGCAUCUUAUGAGUCCAGAAGUAGGAUCCACGGCGAUGUGGUUCUUAAAGAGAUGGUGUUUAUCGUAUCUGUUGCCGGUUGAAAAUUAUUACGAAGAGCUGAGUCCGACAUUAAUAGGAUGUUUAGGCAAAGACACACAAGGCGCUAGAUUGGUUGUAUCUUAUGUAUUGUCAAAAAUCCAGUCAAAUCUCUUCCAUUUUCAAUCAGAGCCGAUAUUGCUCCGGGAUACAGUGGAGUUAUUCUGUGAUAUUGUCUGCGUCAAACAAAAGUCAUCGCAUAUAGUAAGAACAGAAAGCAUGCGGAACCUGAUCAAACUAUUUGGAAGUCUAGAACCUGGAUCUUUGCCACCGAAUAUCAUCCGAGGCCUUUGUAAAGGAUUUGUCCUAGCAGGAGUAGCCUUAGAUACGAGAAACGAUAGCAUACACAAUGCCAUGAACGAAUACUAUGACUUAAUUUUAACACCUCUACAACAAAGGUUCAAAGCUGUUUGGGGACAGGAGAACUUUACUAGAAUAUACCAAGAGGAAAGAAUACAAAAGAUUGUUAUAGACUUACUAGAGGCAUUUAUAGGAAUCGCUAAAGGUUCCUUGAUGCCUAGUUCGACUACUUUAUUUCAUUUUUUAGCCCCAAUACUAAGCGAAUUACCGGCUCUGAUUACCGUUUAUCAUAAUUAUCAAGUAAUUGUGCAGCUCGUUUUAGAGCUGUUUGGACAAUGCGCAAAAUACAUGUUGUGUUACCUUACCCCUUUCGAUAGUAAAAGAUUAUACGAAAGUUCUUUAGCGACUGUACAGGCGUACGCGAAGUGCAAUCAAGGAAGAUUCACGACCGAAACAUUCGCCGAAGAAAGCAGCUUCCAAGAUCUCGCUCUUAUUUUAGAUCUGCUCACUUUUAUUCUCUCCAAAGACUGCGUUGACUUAUGCACUGAGACUGAUAACGAAGAAAUCUCUGUGGUGGCUUCUGAUGUGUCACUUUUCGGCUUAAACUUCAUUAUGCCUCUGAUGACUAGAGAUUUACUCAACUACCCGAGCCUUUGUGCUCAAUACUAUAGACUGUUGGUGCUUAUUAACGAUAUAUACCCCGAAAAAAUAUGCAAUUUACCGCCUGAACUCCUGAAUACCUUAUUAAGAUCCAUAGAGUUGGGCCUGACUAAUUUCGGUUCAGAUAUAGUCCAGGCUUCCCUGGAUUUCAUCCAGGCCAUGGCAACGUAUAUAUGUACAAAAAAAUUGGUGCAACAACCGUACGCCCAAGCCAUCAGACCUUUCUUGAAAUUAGUAAUAGACUUAACUUUAUCUCAUCAAAUCAAUAAUGACACGGUAUGUUCGGCUAGUACGUGUAUAUACGCCCUUAUGUGCUGCUUCCAAGACGAUUACAAAAUGUUGGUGCAGAGUUUGAUUCAAACGCAGUCAGAUCCUACGACGGCAGAUCGAUUGACAGCAGCUUUUAACAAUUUGGUACUGAAUGUAGACAUGAGCGGUAAUCGAUUGCCUAAACUGAAAUUUAGAGAUAAUUUUGAUAAGUUUUUAGCAAACGUUCAUGGAUUUUUGUUGGUUAAGUAACAUUAAUCUACUAGUGUAUGUUGUUUUAUAUAGAUAAUGUAAAAUAAAACUAUUUUUUCACGAAAAUGUUGAGAUGAUAGGUUUAUAUUUAUUUAACAUAUUUGAGAUAGCGUCAUUAAAGUAUAUGAUAUACAGCAAAACAUUCACUGGAUAAACUACAUUCGAAUUACAAUACAGGGUGAUUGAUUAGUGGGGUAAAGCUCAAUAGAUCCGCUAUAGUAAUAUAUAGCAAUAAAAGUUAAUAACAAAAAUUGUAGCCAACUUUAAGCUUCACAUUUUAAAAUUAAUUAGAAUGUUACAGGGUGUUCGAUAACAUCGUGGCAGACCAAACUUAUGUUUUUUUAAAUGGAACACCCUAUAAUUUAUCUUAUAUUCGAAAUCUUCUUACCUUCCCCAUUACAAAAAUAUAAAGGUCUGUUAUACCGGGUAUUUACAAAGUUAUAGCCAAUUUUCUAUGAAAAUCGUAACAAGUUCAGCUCCCUGUAUAAAUAAAAAUAAGUACAGCAGCAAUGGUUUAUUGAUUCCAUAUUUUUUUAUUUAUUGUCAAAAUUUUUAAAAAUGAUUGACAUUGCUAAUUUUCUUUAUAUCGAAUACAGGGUGAGUCCAAACGCAAGUAAAUUAUUUUCUCAGUAAUUUUAAAGGGAACACCCUGUAUUUUAUAUCACUAUUGAAAAGUACCAUUACCGUACUUUAAUUCUUAGACAACAUUCCCUAUGUCUAAAUUUAUUAGUUUUAAAAUAUUUUCAUUUUUCAAUGGACCAGUAGCGUGGCUACCCAGAUCACCAAAAUUUAAUAACCUGGACUGAUUUUUUUGGGGUUACGUUAAGAAUGAAGGUUAUAAAAUGUCUCCAACAACAAGGGAUGAGAUGAAAAAUGAAAUACAAAGUGUAUUUCGAAGUGUUAAUUUACAAAUGCUUCGUAGUGUAAGUAGCUCAUUCACUCAACUCAUUUUGAACACCUUAUGUAAUUAAAUAUAUAAAAUAUUUUACUAAAAGUAGCUUUUAAUUUUUUCAAAAAUGUUGUAUUUUGUGUUCAUGUUUUUUUUGAAAAAAUUUUUUACUGAUAAAUUAUUUUUCGUUUUUUAUUUGUUACAUUGUUACAUUUACAUACAAAACUAGUUUUUAAUUGUUCUCAGAAAAUGUUGUAUUUUGUGUUUGUGUUUUUUUGUAAAAUGUAUUACCAAUAAAUUAUGUUUCUUUCUUUAUUUAUUACAUUUACAUACAAAAGUAGUUUUUAAUUGUUUCAAAAAUGUUGUAUGUUGUGGUUGUGUUUUUUUUUCGGAAAAUUUAUUACUAAUAAAUUAUUUUUCUUUUUUUAUUUGCUACAUUGUUACAUUGAUUACCGGAUUGAUAAUCAGUAAUCUUAAAUUAUUAGUUUUAAAAAAUUCAGUCAUGGCUUACUUAAAAUUUGGAAAGAUUUAGACCCCUAAUUAAUAAUUUGCUCUGAAAAUUUAAAAUAUCUCAAAAAGUAGUAAAUUUAUACAUAGGGAAUAUUAUACAAAAAUUAAAGUACGGUAACGGCAAUUUUCGAUAGUGACAUAAAAUACAGUGUGUUCCAUUUAAAGUUACUGAGAAAAUAAUGUACUUGCGUUUUCACUCACUCUGUAUUCGAUAUACAGAAAAUUAGCAAUAUCAACCAUUCUUAAAAAUUUUCAUAAUCAACAAAAAAAUAAGGCGCCAAUAAACCAUUGCUAUUGUGCUUAUUUUUAUUUAUACAGGGAGCUGAACUUGUUACGGUUUUCAUAAGGUUUGUUCCAACCCGAUACAAAACCGUUCUUGAAUCGUUACGCGCAUGCGCAAUAAUGAAUAAUUAUGCGCAGUAACUUAUUUUUUGUUACUGCGCAUACGUUCAAGAACGGUUUUGUAUCGAGUUGGAACAAACCUAUAGAAAAUUGGUUAUAACUCUGUAAAUACCCCGUAUAACAUAACAGACUUUUAUAUUUUUGUAAUGGGGAAGUUAAGAAGAUUUUGAGUAUAAGAUAAAAUAUAGGGUGUUCCAUUUAAAAAAAAAAACAAGUUUGGUCUGCCAGGAUGUUAUCGAAUACCCUGUAACAUUCUAAUUAAUUUUAAAAUAUGCAGCUCAAAGUUGGCUACAGUUUUUGUUAUUAACUUUUAUUGCUAUCUAUUACUAUAGCGGAUCUAUUGAGCCCCCCUAAUUAAUCAUCCUGUAUAGUUAUGUUACUCUUAUUUGACAAAAGGACAAUUUUACUGCCCUGUCUCAGUAUAUGUACCAGCAAAAAAUAUAUCUUUGCAACAGAAAUUUAAUUAUCGUCAAUAAAUAAUAUGAAAAAUUUUUGAAGCGAGCUUUUAUAGUGACAUGUAUUAAUUUUUCUCUAUAGUAAGAUGUCACGACACGUGAAAUAGAUGAAGGAUUUAAUUUUCUUAACAAGGGGAGUCCGUUAUACAAAUGUAAACAUUUAAUUUAAUUAUAAAACAAAACUAUAUAUUUCUGCUAUUUUUCUGCCUUUUAUUUAUACCACGUUAGUGAGAGAUAUUUCAUACUUUUUCUUAGAGUACUGGAUUAUAAUAAUUAAAUAGUGGUUGAUAUUCACCAAAAUAAUCAAUUUUGCUGUCUUUAUUAUAGCCUUUGUAUUGAAUUAUGUCAACGUCUGUGUGAGGUUGCCAAUUUGUAUCGUAAGUUUCAAACAUUUUAAAUGAUGUACAACUUUUUCACAAUGUGAAACAGAAAUUUAAAGCAAAUUUUAAAACUCAAGAGAGCGAGAGAGAACUGUAAACCACAAAUAUGUAUACAAAAGUAGACAAAAUAUUUUAAUAAAUUAGUGUUUAUCUAUUUACCUCUAAAAGUUACCCCUCUCUCCCAACUAUUUUCUAAUUUGAUAAUUUUACCAAGGCACAUUAAUGUAUAUUCUUUUUAUUAUAUAUAAUUAUUACAAAUAUGAUCAUAAUGUGAAAGUAGUACUUUAUUUAAAAGUAUGUUCCUAGAUUUUUGUGAAUAUCCGUUUUUCUUAUUUCCCGCAUAGUGAUAGAAGUCAUUUGUUUUUUUAUUUAGGUCUGUCAAAAAUAUAACUGUAUUCAUUUACUUAAAAAUUUAUUUAUUUUUAUAGGCUUUAAUUUGUUUUAGACGUGCUUGCCAUUUUUCUGCAUUGAUUUGUUGAACCCUCUAUUUAUACAUUUCAACUAUUCUAAGGCUGUGCUCUCCAAUAAACGCCGUAUGCCGCGUACAGCGUUACGUCAAACAUCGCAUACAGCGUUUGUCGGUUGCCGGCAACUGACAUAAUCACUACGGAACGUUAGGUUAUGGUCAUCAAUGAACGCCGUAGGCUGCGUACAGCGUCAGGCUGUGGUCUCGAAUAAACGCCGUACAACGUUACGUCACAUGUCGUAUACAGCGUUUUUCGGCCGCCGGCAUUUUUAUCGCCUACAUCACAUAUUGACCUGUUAUUUUUGACCAAUUCAAUUAACAAAUCACCUUUUUCUCUUUUAUGGAUUACUCGACUCAUAUCGCAAGGUUAAAAUGCAUACUAGCAACUGUUGUACUAAAAUGCAAAACAUUUGAAGCCCCGUGCAGCAGUUAGAUUCUACGUUCGACGUACAGUAACAACCGCUAGUACAUUCUUUCACGGUUUUUGCUGUAAAUUUUAAAGAACCGCUUGGACUGACAUGAAAUUUGGCAUACGCAUAGCUAACAUGUCAAAGAAAAAAAGUGAUAUGGUGUCAAUGUGUGCUUUUGUCCAUCUCGGGGGCAAAAAAAUAUAUGUCCAAGAUAAGUCCCGAAAUGGAUAAACUGAUUAAUUUAAGGCAACUUUUGUUCUAUAGAGGUUUUUCAGCAAAUCAUUACUUUUCGAGUUAUGUAUUUGCAAGUGAAUAUGUUCAUUUUUCAACAAAAUAUCCACGUUUUUAGACGGUUUUUCGCAAAUAACUCAAAACGUAAGCAUUUUGUCGAAAAAAAAAUACUUAGUAAAACUAUAGCCUAUAAAAAAGUGAAAAAACGGUGUAUAUAUUAGGUCUAGGUAUAUACCUAGCAAAAGCAGAGUUAUAGCUAAUGAAAAAUAGGUUCAUAUUCGAAAAAUUCCAAAUAGAAUAAUUCAACGGGAAAUAUCCAAAUAAUGAAGCAUUCUUGGGGAAAACACUUUACAACUUUUUUAAAGUGUUUAAAAAAAGCUUUAUUUCUGUUUUUAUAAAAAAAAUUCUGGCAUCAAAUGUAAGCAAGUUACGCUCAAAAUAUAUUUGGUCCCUUUGGUUUUGGCAAAAAAAAAUCGGGAAGAUCACCCCCAGUUAGCAACUUAAAUGAAAUUAAUCGUUACCACUUCACAAGUUACUUUACUUACAGUAGGAAAAAUGAAAGAAUACCCAUUAACGAACAUAUAAAACACGCUGUGUUUUCCUGUCACCGUGUCAGACAAAAAAUUGGCCAGCGCAAGUACAUGUAAUAAUUAUUGUUACAUGUACUUGCACUGGACAAUUUUCUUUGUGACACGGUGACAGGAAAAUACAGCGUGUUUUAUAUGUUCGUUCAUGGGUAUUCUUUCAUUUUUCCGACUGUAUGUUGUGUUUAUAUUAUCUGUAAGUUGCAUCCAAUCAAAGUGAUUAAACACUUUAAAAAAGUUAAAAUGAGUUUUUCCCAAAAAAGUGCUUCGUUUUUGAAGAUAUUCUUCUUUAGCGGCGAAUCGAUUGAGGGUAAAAUUUGAUUGAUCCGCGCGCAUGCGCACACCGACAGUAUGGUAUUAGUUGUUAUACGGGCUCUGAUUGGGUGUUGAAAUUUUGAAAUGAUCUGUCAAUAUUGUUCAAUAUGGAGGUUAUCGGUAAACAAAAAUAUUGUAUAAUAUUAGUUUUUAUUGAUGUGUGGACAGAAAUAAAAUCAAAUUUAUAAUUAUAGUGACUUUUUAAAUAGUUUUGAAAAGCCGCAGGUACGUAAUUCUAAAUGUUUCAGUUGGAAAUACCUAAUAGUUUCAAUAUCUAUCUAUUUGGAAAAUGUAAACAAAAUAAUGUAGUUACCUAUUAGUAGGCAAUCCUUUAAUUUACAUAAUCUGAUUACGAACAAACUUUCUACAAAUCUUCAUCUCAUAUAUCGUUUUCUUACUCUAUAUUUUGUUGUAUUUUAUUUUGACAAAAAUCAAACUAAUAAUUUUAUUAAAUUCAUAUAAAUUUAUGGUGUAAACGUUUAGUUUGUGUAUAUUCCCACAUGACGUAUACGAGAGUUUGGUGCAGUUUGAAAUGGCGUCAACUUUCGUACGGCGCGGUAGACGUGAAGUGGGUUCAAGCCCCAAGCAAGUUAUUAUUUUUUUUAUAAAUUUAUUAGAAUUUAUGAUUUUAUGAUAUGAGCGUGGGCACGCUCCUAAUCAAAUUAUCAACAUUUUGUUGUGGUAGGUUGCUCCAUCCUUUAAAAGCAGCUUGUACGAGCCGUGCGGUGUGGAUUAUCCCGUCGAGCUCUAAUUUUUCUUUUAAGCAUAUCCCACAAAUACUCUAUAGGAUUAAGCGCGGGUGAGCAAGCAGGCCACUGCAAGCAAGGGAUACCUUCUGCUUCAAUGAUGCCUGUAGUCACUAUAAUGGUAUGUAGAGGUCCAUUAUCAUGCAAUAAAAUUAAAGUUUCUCCUGUUGCGCCUCUCCAGAGCCUGACAGAUUAUCAACAUACCUGUGAGCAGUUAAAGUUGAUUGGAUGAAAAUUAAAGGAGUUUUUUACGGAUCACAAUUCCUCUCCAGAACAUUACACUUCCCCUUGUAUAUUUGUGAACAGAUCUGACAGUUUUCGUUCUUGCUUGUUUUCCUCGACCUCUAACUACACGAUUUCGUGGGUCAUCUGAUUUUCCAUCUGAUUACAAUAAAUUCUGACUGUUUUUGAAAAUAGCACAUUUUGUCAAUUCCCAAUGUUCCAGUUUUGGUGGUGAAGACACCAAUUUAGGCGAUCAAUCUUGUGCUGCCUGGAUAACUCGGGAACCCAUAACUGUCACCUGCUGUAUACUUCUUGGUACGAACUCUUCUUCUUAUCCUUUCAACUGAAACAGUUACACAUGUAGCUUCCAAAAGCUGCCUUUGGAGCUGCAGGUGAGAAAUGGUUGGGUGCCUUCCAGCUGAUUCGACAAUUAAACGAUCGUGGAGAGCCGUUAUUACUUUUAGCGACUUUCCCUUGCUUUAUUUUUGAGCUUUCCUAGUUCCUGUUACGUAGCAUAUGUUUUGGACAGAACGCCCUGUAUUACGCCUAGCUCUGCAGCUAUGUCCCUCUGAGAACAUUACUUGCUCCACAAGACCAAUAAUCUUUCCCCGUUGUAAGUUUUAUAACCCCACAUGAGGCAUAUUUUAGUUUUUGGACGCAAAAGUUAGUUUAUUUAUUUUCGUUCAACUUGUAACUCGAGCAAAUAAUCUAUACCGUACCGGGCUGUACUAUCCGAUUGUCUUUUAUAUUAAAUAUAUAAAUAAAUUUUGUUUAUUUUCAAUAAAAACCUUUAAUCUUCGCAACAAUAACAAGUUUUUUCAAAAUAAAUAAAUAUUACUUUGAAAUACAUGGUGAUUCCAUAUAAGUUUGGGUGUGUGUAAUAAAUAAUGGAUAUCUAUUGGAUGUCGAACGCAGUGUCUAUCUGCUAUGAGCGACUUCAAAUGUUGGAAACAACGUUUUUAGUUAUUUUCGAGUAUUUCAACAUACGGCUGGUACAGGUUAACCUAGCGAAAUGCGUAAAGCUAAAUAGUAGGUAAAAAGAACAAGACGAGGUGCUUAUCAACAGGUUGAAAUAUCGCACUUGACUGAUAACGAAAACGAUCGGAAUGUUGUUGCCGGCGAUCGACAAACGCUCCGCCCAACCUACGGCAUUUAUUGGUGACCACAGCUGACUCUGAACGCGACCUACGGUGUUUAUUGAUAAUCAUGGCCUAUGUUUUGUAUUGACUACGUGAAGUUGCCGGUGACUGACAAAGGCUGUGUAAAUGACGCUGUACGUAACCUACGGCAUUUAUUGGAGACCACAGCCUAAAUCAUACAGACGCGACGAAUAGCGUGACGCGAUAUGCAGUGUACGGCGUCUCUAGAGGAGACCAUCGCCUGUGAAGACGCGUACGGUAGUUUCAUGCUGCAUUCGGCGUACAAUUAUUGUAUAUUAUUAUAAGAGACCGAAACUAUUAUUAUUUAUUGUAUUAAGCAUACAGACGCGACGUAUACCUACUGGAGAUCACCUCCUAACGUAACAGAUGGGGCUAUGAAACUAGUUUGCACGUAAACCCUGAAUUAUGGACUAUUUUUGAUAUAUUUACAGUGUUUUUAAUUGAUAUUUUUGUUUCAAUCGAAACAUGCAUGUUCUACAGCAAUUAAUGUUGCUAUUUAUAAAUCAACUAAUAAUCGUGUUGACUAAAAAAUGUAGUGAAAUCAAAAAGGCGUUUGGGAAGUGAUAUUCCGUUUACAUUCCCUUUUGGAAGAAAUGUGCGUUGAUUUAACAAUUAUUAUUUUGCAUUUACUGUAAUUUUGCAAAAGCCAGGAAUCUCUUUAUUUUUAUUUUUCAUAUAUUUUUAUUACUCACAGAGGAAUAUUUUUUGUAUUAGAAAUUAACAAACUACAUUCGAUCAGUCGAGCCAAUCAAUUUAUUUUGGUUGUAAUUUACUUACAUAUACUGUAAUGACGUCUCAAGUUAUCAUUGUUUCAUCGCUAGUAUAUUUUAAUUUAGGUCAUAAAUUUUUUGCGUUUUUUUUUUUUUGUAGAUAUAAUAUCAUUUUUAUAGUUUUUAUAUAUUGAUAAACGUGUUAUAUAAAAUUCAAAAUAAAAGUAUCAUUACUACAAAAA